CGCGCCCCGCGCCGCCAUGCCCGCGCUCGGGAGGCUUCUCACCGUCACCGUCCUGGCCCUCUGUCUUCCAAGGCCCGGGAAUGCGCAGCAACAGUGCACCAACGGGUUCGACCUGGACCGCGCGUCGGGACAGUGUCUAGAUGUCGAUGAAUGCCGGACCAUCCCUGAGGCCUGCCGGGGGGACAUGAUGUGUGUUAACCAAAAUGGCGGUUACCUAUGCAUUCCCCGAACGAACCCGGUGUAUCGAGGGCCCUACUCCGCCGGCUCCUCCUCCUACUCAACGCCCUACUCAGGGCCGUACCCAGCAGCUGCCCCGCCGCUCUCACCUUCAGCCUCAAACUACCCCACGAUUUCCAGGCCUCUCAUAUGCCGCUUUGGAUACCAGAUGGAUGAAGGCAACCAGUGUGUGGAUGUGGACGAGUGUGCAACAGAUUCUCACCAGUGCAACCCUACCCAGAUUUGCAUCAACACUGAAGGAGGAUACACCUGCUCCUGCACUGAUGGAUACUGGCUUCUGGAAGGCCAGUGCUUAGACAUUGAUGAAUGUCGCUAUGGCUACUGCCAGCAGCUGUGUGCGAACGUUCCUGGAUCCUAUUCCUGUACAUGCAACCCUGGCUUUACCCUCAACGAGGAUGGAAGGUCUUGCCAAGACGUGAACGAAUGUGCCACUGAGAACCCCUGUGUGCAAACCUGUGUCAACACCUACGGCUCUUUCAUCUGCCGCUGUGACCCAGGAUACGAACUGGAGGAUGACGGUGUUCGCUGCAGCGAUAUGGACGAAUGCAGCUUCUCUGAGUUCCUCUGCCAACAUGAGUGUGUGAACCAGCCUGGCACAUACUUCUGCUCCUGCCCUCCUGGCUACAUCCUGCUGGAGGACAACCGAAGCUGUCAGGACAUCGAUGAGUGUGAGCACAGAAACCACACGUGCAACCUGCAGCAGACUUGCUACAACCUGCAAGGGGGCUUCAAAUGCAUCGACCCCAUCCGCUGCGAGGAGCCUUAUCUGCGCAUCAGCGAUAACCGCUGUAUGUGUCCUGCUGAGAAUCCUGGCUGCAGAGACCAGCCCUUCACCAUCCUGUACCGGGACAUGGACGUGGUGUCCGCACGCUCCGUUCCUGCUGACAUCUUCCAGAUGCAAGCGACGACCCGCUAUCCCGGAGCUUAUUACAUUUUCCAGAUCAAGUCUGGGAAUGAGGGCCGAGAGUUCUACAUGCGGCAAACGGGCCCCAUCAGUGCCACCCUGGUGAUGACGCGCCCCAUCAAAGGGCCCCGGGAGAUGCAGCUGGACUUGGAAAUGAUCACCGUCAACACCGUCAUCAACUUCAGAGGCAGCUCCGUGAUCCGACUGCGGAUAUACGUGUCGCAGUACCCGUUCUAAGCCCGGGCUGGAGCCUCUGACGCUGCCGCUCACGGCACCAGGGACAGGAGCGAAGAGACGAGACGGAGUUGAGACGGUCGCGAUGCCUUUCCUGCUGAAUGAUUCCCCCGGAGCCAGCCCCGCCGGCCUGCCCCCCGCCUGCGCUGUGCAGACCUGUCGUUCUGAAGGACGGACUGCCCCCAGUGCCUGCGACGCAGUCACCGAAAAGUGUUGUCAUUGGCACCUUGACCAGAGAUCAGGGGAGAUUUUUCAAGGUCAUCAGAUUAUUUGCAUAUUUUCCAAAGGAAAUAGAUUAGGAUGGCUGGGGUGUGAGUCCAUGUUCAAAGACUGUGAACGGCUUCCUCUCCCUCUUCCACACUCUCUCUCUACCUACCCCCAACCCCCCACCCCUCC